AUGGCAAUUGACAACCCUAAUGCUUCAACGUCCAAAUUAACUGCAUCUCUUUGUCUCUGUUUUUCUCUUCUUGUUCUUUCAAUGAUGAAGAGAUUCAGAUUUGGAGAUGAAGGAGAGAUGAUGGAGAGCAUCAACAUGGCCAACGUUUUGAUGUUAUUAUCUCAAGGAGGCGAAGCCAGAGCACCGGCCUCGUUGGGACGUGUAUUCGAGUGCAAGACAUGCAACCGGCAGUUCCCUUCGUUCCAGGCUCUCGGAGGGCAUAGAGCAAGCCACAAGAAACCAAAAACAAAUGGAGAUAGCCGGAACCAGGUGACUGUUUCUAAGCCAAGGACUCAUGAGUGUGCUAUUUGCGGCCUUGAGUUCGCUAUCGGACAAGCUCUCGGAGGUCAUAUGAGAAGACACAGAGCUUUAGGACAGGGAUUUGUGCAUGUUGGCCAUGGUGCUGUGAUGGAGAAGAGAUCAACCAGUGAUCAUGACAAGGUCUUGUGUUUAGACUUGGACUUGAAUUUGCCACCUUCUCCUUCUGGUGUUGUUGAUGGAGAGAAUAGAACAGUGUUGUUUGGGAUUGAUCUUGUUGAGAAGACUCCUAUGGUUGUUGACUGUUUCCAGUGA